UCCAAGGUUAUCGGAAUACAAAUAAUAAGACGAGGAUAAUUGUAUAUAAUUUUAGUUGAGGAUAUAUUCACGGCAAUUUAACAUGCAUAUUCCAACUUCACUAUUAUAAGGAUGGCUAACAUCAUUCACUUCGUUGUAUUUAUCGUGAUAAAUUUUACAUCUACUGAUGUCGAAGCAGUUUGCUCUGGGGGUGUAAGCAUAUGUAAUUGGACACCAUGGAAGUCAUGGUCAGAUUGUAGUAUGACAUGUGGUGGGGGAACUAAAAGGCGAUAUAGGCCUUAUUGUUGUAAAUUACACUUGGCAAAUGAUAUCGAUGCCUGCAUGAGGGACUGCAAUCAUGACAUGGACUAUUCUAAUAAGUAUAGCUCUGAAAGUCAACCAUGUAACACAAUCUGUUACAAUGGUGAUUACCAACACUGGAAUAAUUUAUGCAACUGUAGUGAUGCUUUCUAUGGAGCGUGUUGUUAUAAACAGUGCCCGCAUAUUGAGCAUUGUAAGAGGAGAAGAUGCAGUACACAAUGGAACACUAAGUGUCUUGAGUGUAACUAUGAUCAACUACUGUUCAAGAAAACACAGAACGACAAAAAAUGUGAACAAAUUCCUCAGAAUUUAACAUUACAUCUAGAAAAUCCACCAAGUAAGAACCAAGAUCUAACUAACAAUGCAGUUACUUUAAAGUGUACUACUGGGUGUAUUUUUCCAACUCCAUCAUUUAUAUGGUAUUAUUUGCAGUCGUCGGAUGGAUCUGGAUCUAAAUGGUCAAAUUCAGAGCCUGUCACAGAAACACCUGGGCAAUGUAAAGGACUUGAAAAUGUGUUCACCUCAACUUUAGUACUCCGAAAAUACACGGUGUUUAAUGACAAUACUGACCAUACCGUCAGGUUUAAAUGUGGUGCAACGAUUAUGAAUGGUACCUCCGAUGAAGUAAAAACACAGUCAUCUGUAAAUAUUAGAUUUGCCGUUAGAGUGGCGAAGGUAUCACUAAAUAUUGAAGGUAGUUCUAGGGUAAGUUCUAUAAACGCUACCGAUGGUAUUUCGGAAAUAUUCAAAUGUACCACUAGCGAUAGCAGACCAAUACCUACGAUUGUAUGGUAUAUAGGACGGACAGAAAAAAUAAGAGUUGUCGGUACUGAAUCAACGCUUGCUUUCAUUCCUAGUAUAACAGAUACUGGCAAGAAUGUUUAUUGCAAAGCUUUCAAUAUUCAGCCAGAAAAUGAAGCACUGUCCUCAAACAAAGUCUCUCUCUAUGUUAAAGAGCGUGCGUCAGUGAAUUCGUUAUAUUUUGAAGAACAUGUUGGUGAAACAAACGUUACGAUUGACGAGAACUACGUUAACUUGCAACUUACAUGUAACAUAAGCGGUAACCCUGCAUCAAGUGUUGAAAUUAAGUUUGGAGUGAAAAGAUUAAUUGAAAAGGCUAACAUAAACCAAUUAAGCUUUGUUCGACAGAGAGUGGCUUGUUUCCACAGUGGCGAAUAUACAUGUGUAGGAAAAGAUCAAUUGGGAAUGAUAACAAAUAAAACACUCUAUUUGUUUGUCAAUUGUCAUCCGCGGCCUGGUUGGCAAGCAAUUACGAAUACAACUUGCUCUAUUGGUGCUCCCGUUACAUUAACAUUUACUACCAUCGCAUAUCCAACGCCAAGGUCUGAUGGUUUCAACUGGUACAAACACAUCUCGAAUGAAUGGAUACCAUUACAAAGUAAUAAAGAUGUACAGAUAUCUGUAAUAGGACUGGAAACAAACCUUACGAUCGUCAAUGUAACUCAGGCAAACCUAGGCCAAUAUCGAUUAACAGUUGAAAACAGCGUCGGAAUAUGUAACCAGUAUUAUUUCCUUAUUGAAAAAGAUGACCCCAUUGUUGAUGUUUGCAUAGAAACUAUGGACAGUAGUAAUUUCAAAACUGCAACAAUAGUAUUGGGAAUAAUUUCUGUCAUAUGUAUUGGUACUUCAGCUGGCAUCGUGAUUUGGUUUAAACGAAAAGCCAAAGGAACAGAUAGAAAAUCAUUCAAUACGUCGUCACAUAAAAGACGUGUAUACGAGAAUCCACCGCAACAGUAUGCUGAUUUAAAUGUGUUUUCUAGAGAAGACAUGACAACCUAUGACGUUAUAGAUAAUAGCCAAUAAUAUUCAAGUACAGAAAUAGCUUAAAACACUGGACUGUAAAGAAAACAUUAACGAUAUCCCAAUACAGCCACUGUUUAAGCUGCCAUUCAUCUUCUGAUUACCUGGUAUUUGUCUUCUUUACUUAUUGGGAUGUCUAUUCAUAAAAGAAAAGAUAUCCUUAUAUCUAAGUGAGAAUGUGAUAGUCUUAUGUACGGAAUAUUUUAUUGAAAUGAUUGCUUUGUAAAAGCAUUCUAGUGUUAACUUAAUGACACUGAAGUAAAUUUGCUAUUUGUAAUGAGUCCCUGUAGUCAACUCGUUAUUCAAGAAAAAGAGAUUUUGCCAAGAAUCCAAAACAAACUAUGAAAACGUAGUGAUGUUACUCUAAGCGCACAAAAAGUAUUGUUAUAAUGUAAAUUUUAUAAUGCAAGUUUAUUGAUUACUGAUGUAAUUAUACUAAUUACAUUUUUAUGUUCAUGUCAUUUCAACUUCAUAUAUAUUGUUUGUGUAUCAUGUAAUCAGUUUUAUAUUUUUCCUUAAAUAUAACAAGGUCAUGUUAAUUAUAAAAAUUAUAAUCUGUUUUUAUACAUUUUUGUUAGAAACAUUAAUUACGGCAAUUACAUUGUUUAUUAUACAUACAAGAGAAGCCAGUGUGAAAACAAGUCUCAAAUACAAAUAAUAAAAGGUGAUUUGAUAAAAACCAAUAUUUACAAAGUUAAUUGAAAUGGCUUCCUGUAAUAUUGCACAGCUUUCUGUGUAAAAACCUGAUAAAUUUUUCUAUGGUCAUCAUUCACCAUCCAUCGUGCUUAAAAUAAAUUUGUGUUUAAAUAAAUAUUGGUUUUUGAAUUAUAUAUUGAUAUUCAGUUACCCCAUCUAUUCCAAAAAUGCGUUAUAAUAGUAUAUACUUUAUGUUGCUUUAGAGCUUAAGCAUGGUACAGGCAUUGCCGAGCGGAUUUAGCUCAUACCGUUAAUAACAUGAACUUACAUAGCUUAUUGAUCCUUUUUAAAUCAUAAAACUGUUAUAAACAUCAAACUUAAGGUGAAUUAAAGCGAACAAGUGAUCUUACAAUUACAAGACAAAGAUAUAAAACAAGAUUAUCUAAAAGCCAUUAUAAUGAUAUAGACAUUCACUAUUAACAGGUCCAACUUCUUUAACAUAAUAUGGCGUUAUCAAAGCCAUAUUCCCAAAUGAAUGUUUUUUUUCCAAGUGUUCAAUGACAAAAUGAUACAAUAUUACUAAAGCAAGUCUAACAUUUUGGAUGUCUGUCAUACAAUAUGACUGAAGAUAGUCAUACAAUUUGGAUGCCUGUCAUCCAUUAUGACUAAAGCAAGUCUAACAUUUUGGAUGCCAUAGUUAUUGAUAAUUAUUGAAAGGAUCUUACAUGGCUACUAAGCGAAUCUUUUAUUCAAAGGCUCCAACAUAAGUGAUUAUUUUGUAUGUCUUCAGAUUUUAUUUAGAUAAGCAGACGUGUUCAAUAUUACAUGUUGAUUGUGUUUUCUUUUUCUAUCCAAUUAAGAGACUAUGUAUCGUGUAUUAAUUUCUUGUUAUUUGUUAUCAACCCACAGGCUGUC